AUGACGCAGAUUGGGGGCCCCCAGAGAGACACACACUGCAACACAGUGAUUAGACCCCUCUUGAAAAAUGCGCCGGUGGGGAAAGACAAAAGGGGAAAUGUGCCAUUCUUACUAAGCACCAAAAAUAGGGAUAUUCAAAAAAACAGUGAGGACAGGGAAAACGAAACGGGCCAUCGGGAAAACUCCCAAGGACAAGUGCUAGUAUCACCCCCCCGGGACGAGCGCGAAAAGUACAACGAAUUCUUCGAGGCCAAAAUGUACUUGCCUCCACUCCGUGCCAGCAAAAGAGAAUUAAAAUUUUUUUUCAAAAUUUUGUCCAAAGAAAUGAGAAAAUAUAACAAAAGCAAUAUCUACAUAACUCUGAUGAACAUCCUGUGCAGAAACUUCCCGUCGUACAUCGGGCUAUUUGCACACUUGUGGUUUCAAUGCAAAGUGCUACUGGCGGAGAAAUUAAUUUUAAUUGAAUUUUUCAGGCAGCUAAAAAUAAACUCAGAAAUAAUCGACCAUUUUUUUAAUUACGGUUAUGACUCCUUCGAAACGAUAUUGUCAAUAACGCCACAUGAAUUGACAAAGAUACAGGAGUUUAACAAGGUCACCUGGCUUCCCGGACAUACGUUUCGCUUAAAGAUGAUUUUCUCUGAAAUCGAGAAAUAUUUUAAUUUGUUCAUUCAACAGAACGAUGAUUAUGUGCAGAAAAUUAAAAAAUUUAUUUUAAGAAAAAGGAAAAAAACGGAAAUGACAGUCCAGUUGUCCCUGGAGCGGCAACAGAACGAUCGCGGCGAGUGUGGAAUGUACCGGCCGCACGUGGGGAAUAAUAAUACAAACCUGCAACUCCCCCUGGAAGGGUCCCAAGAUGACAACAUAAUUACCUACCAACCAUAUGUGUCACUAAAUUGGAGAAACAAAAAUUAUUCAUAUAACUCUACUCCAGAUAAUUUAUUAUAUACGAAUAGAACCAUUUUAAAAAAUUAUUCGCCCCCCAGUGACUCCCCGGGCAAGCCAUUCUGCCUAAACAAAUUCGAAAAUUAUGAACAGGUCAGAAGAAAAAACUGCCCUUCUUUUCUUAAUUUAAAAUGUGUACAAGGAGGAGGCGCAAAUAAAACAACGGAGCCACCCCGGGGGGGUAAAGCAAAAGUGUCUAUCCUGAUUACCUCUCCGGAGGGCGCCAAAAUUUACAGAUUUAUCGCCAUACUGCUCAUCUAUAAUUUGGUAAAAAGAGAAGCCGAAGAUGAGUCCCCCUUGGAGAGAAGUCGCCAUGUCGAUAACCACGCGGCAAAUAAGGUCAUGAACUUCCCCAUCGUGUCCAUCGGCAAAUCCUGCAACGCUGUCCUGAACGAUGAUUGCACAGGAAGGGAUCUCUACGACAUGUUCCAGAGUGUAGUGAAAGAACUCCCAAAGGUGAAAAUAAAUCAGGAGGAGUUCCACCAACUUAAUAAAACCGUUAAGGGGUUCAACAUCGUCUUCACCCCUAGCAGGGCCAAUUCGGUAACACUGCACAACGAAUUAACUGCCAAUUUGGCGAAGCACAAAAGGGAGGGGCCCCUCAAUGCAGAGAACAUCAUCUGGGUUGCCUCAUCCAUUAGCCAGUCCAAUUUUAACGAUAAAAAAAGUGAGUUCACCCCGUUGGGAAGAAAAGGUCAAGAAGAACGGAACCGCUUAACCAUCACAAGAAUCAACUGCUACGACACCAAAAAAGUUACAUACAAGAGAAACCAAAUUCAGAUCGGUAGAAACUCCAUUAUAUGCCUUAUGAGCAACAGCACGGUAGCUUCAUUUUUCCAAAACUUUGGAAACGACUUUGCCGCCACCCUUUGCAUGGGAAAAAAUUCAUACAUGCUCGCAAAAAAACUACAUUUCAAACAAGUCCAUUAUCCGGAAGACUCAAAAAUGGAGUCCUUUCUCAUCAUGUUAAUAAAGUUGUACAACGAAUUAGGAAAUCCAUUAGGCACACAGUACGAUGUUGUGCUGACGAGAGAGAAAGGCAAAAAUGAUUACUUGGGGCGAGCCCUCACUGCGCAUGGGAUUCCCUACCGAGUAGUGCCAUGCAUAAAGACACACUAUCAGGGCGAAGGGAUUCGCCUGCUUUACUCCAUCCUCUCAUCUCACGUGUAA